CUAUAUAUACUCCCAUGUCUUUGCUCCCAGUACCAUUAUUAUUUCUACUUUGUGUCAUCCAUCCUUUCCCAAUGGCAAAUCCCCCAUAUAUAAUACUCCUACUGCUUACUAUACUCUUUUCCAUUCAUCCAAUUUCAUCUUCCCAUUUCCAUGCUAGAAAGUCGGCCAAUUCAUCAUUGCCUGCAAAUAAUCUGCAAAUAGCAAAUGAAGAAGUGGCAUCUCUGUUGACGUGGAAGUCCAGCCUUGACCUCAAAAGCCAAAACCUAUUGGCAUCAUGGGUGGUUGGUCGCAGCCACUGCAACUGGAUUGGAAUUCACUGCAAUACUAAUGAAAGCGUUACAGGCUUGAACCUUACUGGAUACGGCUUACGAGGCCAGAUCCCUCAAGAAAUAGGGAACUUGUCAAAAUUGAAAUAUUUAUCUUUACAUGGAAAUAAGUUCUAUGGAUCAAUCCCUAAAGAGUUGGGGAAAUUGAAAUCUCUUCAAGGGUUAUGGUUAUAUUCAAAUAACCUUAGUGGUCAAAUUCCUUCAAAAAUAGGGAACUUGUCAGAGUUGAUAACUUUAUACCUAGAGAUGAAUCAACUAUAUGGAUCCAUCCCUAAAGAGUUGGGGAAAUUGAAAUCUCUUCAAUGGUUAUGGUUAUAUUCAAAUAACCUUAGUGGUCAAAUUCCUUCAAAAAUAGGGAACUUGUCAGAGUUGAUAACUUUAUACCUAUGGGAAAAUCAACUCUAUGGAUCCAUUCCUAAGGAGUUGGGGAAAUUGAAAUCUCUUCAAAAUCUAGGUCUAGAUGAGAAUCAGUUCAACGGAUCUAUCCCUAAGGAGUUGGGGAAAUUAAAAUCUCUUCAGGUGCUUGGGCUAUCUUUUAAUAAUCUCAAUGGCAAAAUUCCAUCUGAGUUUGAUAAUAUCACUCAUUUAAGGGUAUUUAAUCUUGGCCAAAAUCAUUUCACGGGUUCUUUGCCAAAUAAUUUAUGUCUUGGCCAGUCACUAGAAAUUAUAACUAUUCCUCACAACAAAUUUAGUGGAAACAUUCCCAAAAGCUUGAUGAACUGUACAACACUUUACAGAGUUAGGCUUGAUAGAAAUGACUUCUCUGGAGAUGUAUCAAAAGCUUUUGGGGUAUAUCCAACUCUAAAUUACAUAGAUUUGAGUUACAAUAACUUUUCUGGCCAACUGUCUUCAAAUUGGGCUCUUUGUCCAAAUCUUACUGCAUUGAAGAUUGCGGGCAAUAAAAUUCUUGGAAAUAUCCCACUUGAUCUCGGCAAUGCACCUCUACUGCAGUAUCUUGAUCUCUCAUCAAAUCAGUUGGUUGGAAGGAUUCCCACAAGUUUGGGAAAGUUGAGCAAGUUAUAUGUGCUAAAUUUAGAUAAUAACAAACUUACUGGCAACAUACCACUAGAAGUUGGAGAACUAUCUUUGCUUUCAGAGCUAAACUUAGCUUCUAAUAAGUUUGUUGACUCAAUUCCCCGACAAAUUGGAAGAUGCCAACGACUAAUUACAUUGAAUCUGAGCAGGAAUAUGCUUGUGGGCAAGAUUCCUCCUGAUAUGCUAAGCUUGAAAUCCCUUGAAAAUCUUGAUCUCAGUCACAACAUGCUCUCUUCUCAGAUACCACCACAAGUUGGAGGAUUAACAAACUUACAGACAUUGGACUUAUCACACAAUAAUCUGUCAGCCUCCAUUCCAUCAAGCAUUGUUCAAUGUGUAGCUUUAGUUUCUGUUUAUAUAUCUUACAAUCACUUGGAAGGUCCUAUCCCUAACACCAAAGCAUUUUUACAAGCACCAUAUUCCGCCUUAAGUAAUAACAAAGGUUUAUGUGGCAAUCAUUCCGGCUUAAAGCCUUGCUCCUUGCUCAGCCAAAGUGACGGCAAAAACAGAAAUUUGGUUGUAAUCAUAUCGGUAGUCUUGGGAAGUUUUUUUCUAUUGACGGUGGUUAUUAUCAUUUUUGUUAUUUUUCCACGUCAGAAGAGAAAUAGAGUGGAGGAGGAAAGAGAUUUUACUAAAGAUCUGUUCACAUUAUGGAGCUUUGAUGGAAAGAUGACGUAUGAAAGCAUCAUUGAAGCAACAGGGAACUUCGACUCCAGUUAUUGCAUUGGUGUAGGAGGGCAUGGAAGUGUGUAUAGGGCCGAGCUAGCUAGUGGUCUGAUUGUUGCCGUGAAGAAGUUUCACACAUUAGACCUGCAAGAUGAUGAAAGGUGGCAUGAUCUCAGAAGUUUUUCAAAUGAGAUAAGCGCAUUAACAAAUUUGAGGCAUCGAAAUAUUGUGAAGCUCUAUGGCUUUUGUGCUCACAAUAGACAUUCAUUCUUGAUUUGUGAGUAUUUACAAGGGGGGAGUCUAGCACAAAUUUUGAGUGAUGAUGAGAAAGCACUCCAGUUGGGAUGGUUGGAAAGGAUAAAUGUGGUCAAAGCUGUGGCUAAAGCUUUAUCGUACAUGCACCAUGAUUGUUUACCUCCUAUUAUUCAUCGGGACAUAUCAAGCAAAAAUAUUCUGUUCAAUUCUGAGCAUGAAGCUCAUGUAUCCGAUUUCGGGACAGCAAGAUUUUUGAGCCUUGAUUCAUCAAAUUGGACUUCAAUUGCUGGAACCAUGGGAUAUACAGCUCCAGAGUUUGCUUACACUGCAGAGGUAAACUGCAAAUGUGAUGUGUAUAGCUUUGGAGUGGUAACACUUGAAGUGAUUAUGGGGAAACAUCCUGGAGACCUCAUUACAUGCCUUUCUUCAUCCUCGUUUUCAACAAUUGAGGGCAUGCUUUUUAAGGAUCUAUUAGAUCCUCGACUACCUACUCCACAAAGAAAUCAGUAUCUUGUAUGA